AUGGCUCUGAUUAAGAUCUCUCUUGUUUUGCUAUACCUUGGUAUUUUCCCGUCCGAGGGCUUUCACAUCGCAGCAUGGACGGUGGUGGGAUUUAUCGCCACCUCUGGACUUGUUAUGGAGCUGUUCGCCAUUUUUGCCUGCAGUCCAGUCCAGUACGCCUGGAAUAAAGACACCAAGCCAGGGUAUUGUAUCCCGGAAACGUACCCCAGUGGAAUGGGUGCAAUCGCUCUCGGAAGUGGCUGUUUUGCCGCCAUAGCACGCCUCAUCUCCAUCAUCGAGAACCGUGACAUCAUCGACCCAACAUGGCAAUACGCAAGUAUGGGGGCAUGGUCGGGCAUCGAGCUGGUAGUUGUUUACAUGGGCGCCUGCCUUCCACUGAUGCGUGGCUUCCUCGGUCUCGUCUGGCCAGCCAAGUUCGGACAACCGAAGCGGGAGCGUCACACGGCAGGCCCGCCGGUCGACCACUCGGGGAAUUCGGUCCGUCCAGGUCUCAUGAGUGAGAUGAGCCGGCUGGAGCGCCCUGCUUUACCACCUCAACAUGGGAGGAGUGAGUGGGACCAGCAGUCCUCGGACUCGACGGACAGAGAGGCGCAGACCUCACAUGAUUAUAUCUCCGACAUGCGUUGA